GCAGGGCCCCCCCGGGGCGCAGAGGCUCUACAAGCAGUCCAUGGCCCAGCGCGCCCGCACCAUGGCCCUGUACAACCCCAUCCCGGUGCGGCAGAACUGCCUCACCGUCAACCGCUCGCUCUUCCUCUUCAGUGAGGACAACGUGGUGAGGAAAUACGCCAAAAAGAUCACCGAAUGGCCUCCUUUUGAAUACAUGAUUUUAGCCACCAUCAUCGCGAACUGCAUCGUCCUGGCGCUGGAGCAGCACCUGCCCGACGAGGACAAGACCCCCAUGUCGGAGCGGCUG